CCCCGCGUUCCCUUCCCCCGCACGGCCGCACCCUUUUCCUUCGCUUCCGUUAUAAGGAGUCGUCUCCAAACGCUCUUUUCCCCUGUUCCCGACCAUUCCAUCCGGCGUUCCCCAACCCCAACCCUUCGAGCACCCGAGGAAGAAAAGAAGUUAAACCAUGGGGAAGAGGAAGUCAGCUGCUAAGCCGCCUCCUAAGAAGCGGAUGGACAAGCUUGACACUGUCUUUUCCUGCCCAUUCUGCAAUCAUGGGAGCAGUGUUGAGUGCCGAAUUGACAUGAAGAAUCUGAUUGGUGAAGCUUCUUGUAGAAUCUGUCAGGAAAACUUUAGCACAACUGUUAAUGCACUCACAGAGCCUAUUGAUAUAUAUAGUGAGUGGAUUGACGAGUGUGAGCGUGUCAACACUGUUGAAGGUGACGAUGAUGCGUGAGCUUGUCCCAUGCGGAUGAAACGGUUACCUAUACAACUGUAAUGUGACGGCAUUCUCGAAUGUCAUAGCCCACAGUCAGCCAUGGCUUGUAAUAACGUAGUGGCUGACUGAUAUGCCAGUAGGCAGCUUUAUCUAGUACUUAAGAGCUCCAAAAAGUUUGUAGUAUACAUGUAUGGAUAACCUUAAAAGUGGUUAUGUGUGUGCCUAUGGAAUUAACGCUUAUCCCAGAUGGUGUAACAGCGUUUUUCUGUGAGA